AUGCAGAGAUCCUGGUUAGAGUAACCCCAAAGAACUUUGGACAUCAAUUUUGAUAUUAGAUCCAUUCGAAAUUAAGUCAAGGACAGAUGCGUACCAGUUCUGUAAUAUUAAACAGACUCUGCACAGAAAUCAUUCUAUUCUUAUAGAAAAGAGAGUUUGCCGACUGUGCCAUCAUUCGAAAACCUAUAGGCAAAAAUAAGGGAUUUCUCAUACACUAAACUCAAUCAGGCUUCAUCGUUUUAACAAAGGAAUCAGAUAAGUGAUAAAUCAAUCACUUACUCACCACAAAAGGCGGUGGGUCUAUAAAAGAAGAUCAAUAGUUCUUUGGGGAGUAGGAACAACAGCAAUUACCAAAGUUCUCGAUCAUAAUAAUCACAAUCAUAUUAAAGCAGACCUAUUGAAUCAAGUUAUAGGUCUCAAUAGAGAAGAAAUUUGAGUGACAAUGUGCAGUUGAAUGAGAUUGUGUCUUUGAGAAAUAAGAUUGAGUCAUCCUAGGCGAGUAGAAGUCUAUUGGGAGCAAAUUAUGUGAGCGAAUUAGUCAAAUUAGCUUAGGCCAUAACCAAUGCACUGAAAUGA